AUGACGGUUGCUGUUGGCAGCAAGACGCCGUUGAUUCUUCAAAUUCCCCAGCUUGCCCAUCUGAUCUUUUCUUUUCCUUCCACCAAGCCUAUCUUCUUCCCCGCCUUUUUAUCCCGUGAGUUCGAACUGCAACUACCCGUUCCCCCCUCUUCACCCACUUCAUCGGCUAACAAGAUGUACUCAGUUGCUGGCCAAAGAGGAUAG